AUGGCUGAUUCAAAUCCAAUACUGGCUGUGUCGGCGCCCGGCGCAAAGCCUCCUGUUCUAUUAGGCACAAAGGAGCGUCUUCCUGAGUUCCAGCUUGCCAAUAAGGUUGUUCUUGUCUCUGGUGCUGCUAGAGGCCUUGGGUUAACCCAGGCUGAGGCCCUGCUAGAAGCCGGAGCUAUUGUCUAUGCACUUGACCGUCUUGAAGAGCCCUCCGAAGACUUCCACCGAGUGCAAACCCGCGCCACCAAGGAACUCAACACCGAGUUUCACUACAGACGCAUCGAUGUUCGCGACACCGAGGACCUUGAAAGAAUCGUGCAGGAAAUAGCCGACAAGCAUGGACGUAUGGAUGGUUUGGUGGCCGCUGCCGGCAUCCAGCAGGAAACCCCCGCGCUCGAGUACACUGCCAAGGACGCAAACACCAUGUUCGAAGUCAAUAUCACUGGCGUUUUCAUGACGGCCAAAGCAGUUGCUAAGCAGAUGAUUCGCUUCGGAACCCGGGGAAGCAUUGUCAUGAUUGCCAGCAUGAGUGGCACAAUCGCCAACAGAGGCCUAAUCUGUCCAGCCUACAACGCCAGCAAGGCUGGUGUCAUCCAGCUUGCCCGCAACCUUGCUUCUGAAUGGGGCCAGUAUGGUAUCCGUGUCAACACUAUCUCUCCUGGCUACAUCGUGACCGCCAUGGUUGAAAAUCUAUUCACUGAAUUCCCAGAGCGCAAGACCCAGUGGCCAACUGAGAACAUGCUCGGACGUCUCAGUGAGCCGUCCGAAUACCGCGGUGCAGCCGUCUUCCUUAUCAGCGAUGCUAGCAGCUUCAUGACUGGAAGCGACCUCAGGAUCGACGGUGGCCACGCAGCAUGGUAG